AUGCUUACGGAAGAAUUGGUGGAAGAAGGGAUUCGAUUUGAAGACAAAGAUGAAGAUCUAAUUAGUAAGUUACCAGACUGCAUACUUGUUGAAAUAGUUUCUCGUUUACCCACUACAAAAGAAGCCAUUAGAACAGGCACUCUCUCCAAACGAUGGGAACAUCUUUGGACUUCUGUUUCUAAUCUCGUUUUUCUAGAUCAUAAUGAAAACAAAUUUGUAUUCGAUUUCUUUUCUUUCGUCGACAAAACCCUAACUCAGCGUCCCAGACUGAAGCUUUACACAUUCAAACUACAUACCUACUACAAUAGUCGUCUGUAUGGAUCUCAUAUCCAAAACUGGAUUCGUUAUGCUGUUACUUGUAACGUUGAACACCUUAUUUUGAGGUUAUGGAAUCGGGGAUAUAGAAACGAGUUUCCGCUAGAUCAGUUUGUUUUCAUCAAUUCUUGUUUUACUCAUGUUACAUUGUCAUGUUGUGCAUUUAAUCCAACUGGGGCGAUUAGUUGGAAAAACCUUAGGAAGUUCUGUAUUGCUUAUGGGAAGUUUGAUGAAGAUUUUUUUGAAAAUGUAUCAUCUGGCAGUCCUAUGUUGGAAACUCUGGAGUUGAAGUAUUGCUAUGGUUACACGCGCUUAAAUAUCACUUCAAAGAGUGUUAAGAACUUGGUGUUUGAAGGAUACGCGCAUGCUUGUUAUUGUGAUAUUAUCGAAUUCAAUGCUCCCAAUAUUUUGACGCUGAUAGUGCAAGAUGUUCUAGUGUUGAGGAAGUUUUUGUUGCUAAAUGUGUCUUCUUUAGUUGAAGCUCACCUAGAUUAUACGAUUCCUUCCUGGGAAUAUGAGACCACCCCUGAAGAAGCUGAAGAAGAGAUGCUUAAAGGAUUUAUACUCAACCUUAGACAUGUCAAGCACCUCAAAGUUGGGAUUUCCUGUUCUAAGGUUCUUGAUCGUUUGAAAGCUAAAGGUUUCCUUUCUCCAUUGAACUUGAAGGACCCUAGUGAUACUUCACCUCUAUAA